GGGGAGGAAGCAAGUACUUCCUGAAGCUGCGUAAUGGUAACAGAGCUUGGCAGACGUAGUUGAUAAGCUACUUGCUGUUUUGAUAGUAGGCGCUCACUCUGCCUCUGUUCCUUGUUUUCUCCUUCUAUUUGGACUGAUCCAGAUUUUGGCCUGCCUCUCUCAGGCAGACCACAGCCUCUCUCGAUCCAGACCACAGCCAACCCAAGAGGCUAAGAGUGCAACAUGCAGAAAUUUAUCUUCUUUUUUGCUGUAGGAGCCUGGGCUGUUACUCAAGGAACCGCAGAGGAAGAUUAUGUGGAAAUUUGGCCACCAAAUCCUAUGGUGGAAUUUGGAGGCUCUCUUGACUUGAAUUGCACGAGCACUUGUGAAAAUAUUGGCAUUGAGUCUGCCUAUACAAAGAUUCCCAUAGAAAAUGGAUCCAACUGGAAAGCCUUUCGUCUCAGCAAUGUGGACUAUUGGGCAGCCAGCCCUUUGUGCUAUGCUGACUGUAAGACUGGACAGAAGAAAUCUCUAAAGGCAAACAUCAUUAUUUAUAAAUCUCCAACGAGUAUUGAACUGGGUCCAGUCCCAGAAAUGGAAGUAGACAAGCAGUAUAAUUUGAUAUGCCGGGUUUUUGGUGUAGCCCCUGUUCAGAACCUCACCGUGACUUUGCUGAGAGGGGAAGAGCAACUUCUGGUAAAGACCUUUGAGGAUCACACUCAGCCUGAAGCUGAUGCUGUUGUGGUGAACCAUCAGAUAAGAGCUCAGCAAAAUGACUACAACAAGACAAUCACCUGCCAAACAUCCCUGGAUCUGAGACCAAGAGGACCACUCCUGAAAAACACCUCCCACGGCAUAUCAUUGUGGACUUUUGAUUUUGCAAAGGCUCCCCUGCUCCACACUGGCCUGUUCUUAGAAGUUGGGACCCUGAUGAAAGUGACAUGUGAUGCACCUGAGGUUUCCCCAGCCAAAGAGGCCAUGUUUGAUCUGUGGUUUUCAGGGAAACCUCUCACCUUCAACACCACUGUGACGGGGGGCUUGGCAAGUGCCCAGGCUGUGAUAGCCUCUUCCUCAGUUGGAGAUCAUGAGUUGAUCUGCACGGUCUCUCUGGGGCCAGUGACCAAAAACGUGACCAAGAUGGUAAAUGUGUUUGCUUUUCCAAAACUCAUCUUGCACAUUGGCAGUUCAGAAGCUGUCGUCAAUCAAACAGUGAACAUUACGUGUAGCGCUGACGGCAGUGCUUCCCCUGGUUUUAAAAUGCAGAUCACGGAUGGUGCCAAAAUCUUAGCAUCCGGCAACGCAGAUGAACAUUUCCUGCAGCAUGCAAUGAUCGCUCAGCAAGAGGAUAAUGAGCGGGAAUUCAUCUGCCAAGUAAUCCUGAUCGUUGAUGGGCACACCAAGGAAAAAAAUAUAUCUCAAAAUCUUACCGUUUUCUAUGGUCCCCAAAUUGAUGAUUCCAAUUGUCCCCAUGCACUGACCUGGAAGAAGGGAAGUACGACAUCAUUUACUUGUUCAGCCCUGGGAAACCCCACACCAACUGUUCAGUGCUGGAAAGAUGGGAGGCCUUAUAACAUCGGAGAACCACAGCUAGUCCAGAGAGAGCAUGAUGGCAUUUAUCACUGUAAUGCUACCAACCAGUAUGGCUUUGAUGUUAGAGAGGUGACCGUACAUGUUGAAUCACACCAGCAUUUAAAAAUCGUCCUGGGAACAGUAUUUGCAAUCGUGAUUUUUAUUUCCUUGGUAGGGAUCAUUGCUUUUUACAACAAUAGGAGGAGAUUUAGGAUAUACCAUCUCCGGAAACGGCAGCAGCCACAAGAAGCACAAACCUCAGAGUUGCGACCCUGCCUAAAUUCCACAACCAAUCAGUAAAUGAAUGCUGGUUGUUACAAACUGUAAAGAAACGUCAAUCAUACCAGCAGGAGUAUAGCUGUAGCAGGGAUCAUCAUUUGAUUUAACAUUGAUGAAAAAGCCACAGGAAAGUGUUCCUCAGCUUCCAAUGCCUGCUGGAGAGAACUUUCUUUGGACUUUGGCUUCGGGACUUUCAGAUAGUGACUGAUGUCAUGCAUUACAAGGUAAUGCAUUCCUGUGUUUUCUUAAGAUCUCCCCCUAGCAAGAUGUCUUUCAGCUUCACUAUACCCGGUUAUGGACUAAAUUCAGCUGUUAAGUGGAAAACAGCAUCAGGAAACAAGAAAGAAGUACCAGCAGCAGCCUAAACAGUUCCCAUAGCAAUAGAUAGUCUUUUAGUCUUGCAGUGUAAAACAUCUGCUUGUCAUAUUGUUGUUUUGGCAGCAACAUGUUAUAUAUGUCUAUUUCUAGACAUUUACACUUGCAAGCUUCUCAUAUCAUAGGAGAUUAAAAAUGGGGCUUAUCGAGUGACAAAUCCUGUAUCAAAUGUCAGGAAGCCAGAAUUAGUUUUUUUGUCUGUUUCUUUGUUUUUUAAUCCUGGUACAAUCCUUUGAUGAUCUUGUUGAAAGUCAUCACAUACCAUUAAUGUGAGUCACAUUAUAGUGAACAGUAUCAGGCCGAACACAGGAAGAUUUUCCUCUGACAAGAAGAUUAUUUGGAUUUUGAAAAGGUCUGCAGUGAAAAGCCAGUGACCUGCAACUUCUUCACAACUCAGCAAAUCUUCUGAUAUACCUAUUUGUUUUUACAUUCGUCUUUUAUUACAGGGAGAAUAAAAUGAAUGCUUAAAUUA